GCGCGCGGCCCGGCCAGCCUCGGAGCUCGGGAAGAUGUUCAACGUGGAGUCGGUGGAGCGGGUGGAGCUGUGCGAAAGCCUCCUCACUUGGAUCCAGACAUUUAAUGUGGAGUCACCAUGCAAGACUGUGGAAGAUUUAACGAAUGGGGUUGUGAUGGCUCAGGUUCUUCAGAAGAUAGAUCCUGCAUAUUUUGAUGAAAAUUGGCUUAACAGAACUAAACUGAAAGUAGGAGAUAAUUGGAGGCUAAAGAUAAGCAAUUUAAAGAAAAUUUUAAAAGGAAUCUUGGAUUAUAACCAUGAGAUUUUAGGCCAACAGAUUAAUGAUUUUACCCUUCCUGAUGUGAACCUUAUUGGGGAGCAUUCUGAUGCUGCAGAACUUGGAAGGAUGCUUCAGCUCAUUUUAGGCUGUGCUGUGAACUGUGAACAGAAGCAAGAGUAUAUUCAAGCCAUUAUGAUGAUGGAGGAAUCAGUCCAACAUGUUGUGAUGACAGCCAUUCAAGAGCUGAUGAGUAAAGAAUCCCCUGUCUCUUCUGGAAAUGAUGCCUAUGUUGACCUUGAUCGCCAGUUGAAGAAAACUACAGAGGAACUUAAUGAAGCUCUAUCAACAAAGGAGGAAAUUGCUCAAAGAUGCCAUGAGUUAGACAUGCAGGUUGCAGCAUUGCAGGAGGAGAAAAGUAGUCUGUUGGCAGAGAAUCAGAUAUUAAUGGAAAGACUUAAUCAAUCCGAUUCUAUAGAAGAUCCUAAUAGUCCAGCAGGCAGAAGGCACCUGCAACUCCAGACUCAGUUAGAACAGCUCCAAGAAGAAACAUUCAGGUUGGAAGCAGCCAAAGAUGAUUAUCGAAUACGCUGUGAAGAAUUAGAAAAGGAAAUAUCUGAACUUCGCCAGCAGAAUGAUGAACUAACAACUUUGGCAGAUGAAGCUCAGUCAGUUAUAAAAGAUGAAAUAGAUGUUCUUAGACAUUCUUCUGAUAAAGUGUCUAAACUAGAAGGUCAAGUGGAAUCAUAUAAAAAGAAGCUAGAAGAUCUUGGUGAUUUGAGAAGACAGGUUAAACUCUUAGAAGAAAAAAAUACAAUGUAUAUGCAAAAUACUGUCAGUCUAGAAGAAGAAUUAAGAAAGCCAAUGCAGCACGAAGUCAACUUGAAAACAUAUAAGAGACAGGUGGUAGAACUGCAAAAUAGAUUAUCUGAAGAAUCAAAGAAAGCAGAUAAAUUAGAUUUUGAACAUAAACGUCUAAAAGAAAAAGUUGACAGUCUUCAAAAAGAAAAGGAUAGGUUGAGAACAGAAAGGGACUCUCUGAAGGAAACCAUUGAAGAGCUUCGCUGUGUGCAGGCACAAGAAGGACAGCUUACCACUCAAGGUUUAAUGCCUCUGGGAAGUCAAGAAUCUUCAGAUAGUCUGGCAGCAGAGAUUGUUACACCUGAAAUUAGGGAGAAACUUAUUCGUCUUCAGCAUGAAAAUAGGAUGUUAAAAAUUAACCAAGAGGGUUCAGACAAUGAAAAGAUUGCCUUAUUGCAGAGCCUCCUAGAUGAUGCAAAUCUACGCAAUAAUGAAUUGGAGACAGAGAACAGGCUGGUGAAUCAAAGAUUUCUUGAAGCACAAUCACAAGUUGAAGAAUUGCAAAAAUCUUUACAGGAUCAAGGCUCAAAAGCAGAAGAUUCAGUUCUUCUAAAAAAGAAGCUUGAAGAACACCUAGAGAAGCUACAUGAAGCCAAUAAUGAAUUACAGAAGAAGAGAGCCAAUAUCGAAGAUCUUGAAACAAGAUUUAAUAACAGCUCUUUAAAGAUUGAAGAACUACAGGAAGCUUUAAGGAAAAAAGAAGAAGAAAUGAAGCAAAUGGAGGAACGAUAUAAAAAAUACUUAGAGAAAGCCAAAAGUGUUAUUCGUACUCUAGAUCCUAAACAAAAUCAAGGAGCAGCACCGGAAAUACAAGCUCUUAAAAACCAACUCCAGGAACGUGAUCGCCUUUUCCAUUCAUUAGAGAAAGAAUAUGAGAAAACAAAAAAUCAAAGAGAUAAGGAAGAGAAAUUCAUUGUCAGUGCCUGGUAUAAUAUGGGCAUGACUCUGCAUAAAAAAGCAGCUGAAGAUAGACUUGCAAAUACAAGUGCAGGACAGUCAUUUCUGGCUAGGCAAAGACAAGCAACCAACACAAGAAGAUCUUACCCAGGUCAUGUUCAACCAGCCACAGCAAGGUAGACAAGUCUUACUGUUAGAUUAAAAAGCACCCCACGUUCAAAGUAUACUUCUAUUACAUAUAACAAUAUUUCUGGAAAUUCAGCCAGCUUAUAUUUUGUUUCUAUGUUAUGUUAUGAUUUCAUUGUUUUUCCUUGUACUUUCUCCUGUAUUCAUGUUUUCAUUUCUUCCUUUAUUUUGUAGUCCUUUCGGUUCCUUGUAAUGUGCC